AUGGAUGGGACAGAGACCCGACAGCGGAAGCCAGAGGAGCUGGCUCUGCCACACGCCUUCAGCCCUGGAAGACUCUCUGGAGCCUCAGAAGAUGGACUUCCGAGUGUGUCUGAGAGCCACAGGGUGGUCUCUAAACCACUGGGGUCUGAGUUCAGCAGGGAGACUGCCUUGUCCAUUGGCCUUCAGGUGAUGGUGCCCUUCAUGUUUGCAGGACUGGGACUGUCUGGGGCUGGUAUGCUUUUGAACUAUUUCCAGCAUUGGCCUGUGUUUGUGGAGGUUAAAGACCUAUUGACGUUGGUGCCACCCCUGGUGGGCCUGAAGGGGAACCUGGAAAUGACGCUGGCGUCACGACUCUCCACUGCUGCCAACACUGGACAAAUUGAUGACACCCAAGAGCAGCACAGAGUUAUCAGCAGUAACCUCGCCCUCAUUCAGGUGCAGGCCACUGUUGUGGGGUUCCUGGCUGCUGUGGCUGCCCUGCUGUUGGGUGCUAUGUCUAGGGAGGAGUUGGACUUUGUGAAGGUGGAGUUGCUGUGUGCCAGCAGUGUCAUCACCGCCUUUCUCGCUGCAUUUGCCUUAGGAAUGCUGAUGGUCUGCAUAGUAAUUGGUGCUCGGAAGCUUGGGGUCAAUCCAGACAACAUUGCCACGCCCAUUGCUGCCAGCCUGGGAGACCUCAUCACGUUGUCCAUCCUGGCCUUUGUUAGCAGCUUCUUCUAUAAACACAAAGAUAAUCGAUACCUGACGCUGCUGGUCUGUAUCAGCUUCACGGCCCUGAUCCCCUUGUGGGUCCUCAUUGUCAAGCAGAACCCGCCCAUCAUGAGGAUCCUGAAGUUCGGGUGGUUCCCAAUCAUUCUAGCGAUGGUCAUCAGCAGUUUUGGAGGGCUCAUCUUGAACAAAACCAUUUCUAAACAGCAAUUCCAAGGCAUGGCCAUAUUUACUCCCAUCAUAUGUGGUGUUGGUGGCAAUCUGGUGGCAAUUCAGACCAGCCGGAUCUCCACCUACCUGCACAUGUGGAGCACACCUGGUGUCCUACCCCUCUGGAUGAAACAAUACUGGCCUAAUCCAUGCUCCACUUUCUGCACCUCAGAAAUUAAUUCCGUAUCAGCUCGAGUCCUGCUCUCCCUGGUGGUUCCAGGCCAUCUGAUUUUCUUCUAUAUCAUUUACUUGGUGGAAGGCCAUUUGGUCCCACAAAGUAAGAUGUUUGUGGUGUUCUAUCUGCUAGCAAGUCUGAUGCAGGUGACAAUUCUGCUGUACCUGGCAGAAGUAAUGGUUCGGCUCACGUGGCACCAGGCUCUGGAUCCAGACAGCCACUGCAUCCCCUACCUCACAGGGCUGGGGGACCUGCUAGGGACUGGCCUCCUGACACUCUGCUUCCUUAUCAACUGGUUAUUGAAGAGUGAAGCAGGGCUGGAUGGCAUCUCAGACCCAGCAUCCGGGCCUCCCUAA